AAUAACCUACUUAGUAUUACUCUCAAGGUUCCUGCCACAUUCGAAAAUUUGCUAAGUCGUCUUAUGUCUUAUGUCUGAAGGGUCGUCUAUCUUGUCCUCUGGACCUAAAAGACAAUACGGGACUCUAGAAUCUACGAAUGCUUCACAAAAUCCUCAUAUAAUCUAUAACGUCAAACCUGGAGAUACUCUUGUGUCAAUCGCAGUACAAUUUGGAACAACAGUACAAAGAUUGCGAUGGAUCAAUCGUUUGUGGGGAUCAGACAUCUCUAACAUAGCUACAUUAAGAGUCCCUGUCAAGUCUGAGCCUAGGCGGUUUGUACACCACAAUUCAAUUGAGUUGUCUACAGUCAAAAAGAAAUCUGAGCCUGGUAAUGAAGACGCUCCACAAAUAGCUUCUGCUAGCAUUUAUUUUAAAGAAUUGUCAGAAAGGGUUGAAAAGGCCAAGGAAGCUGCCUCUCGCUGCUUAGAAAAGAGCAGGUACAGUUAAAGGAUUUACUUUUAACUUUUACUUUAUCAUCACUUAUUAUACAUUUAUACGAGGUACAAUGCCUGUCUUACUACUUACCUAAGUAUCUUCUCGCCUACAUACCACCCUUGAACAUUUUUAGGAGGUAUGGGAGUGUUAAAUCUUCAACAUGCCUUCAGUUCUUCGUCAAUAAAUAUCGAUUUGAAGUAGCUCCUAACAAAUUUCCAAAUUUCUACUAGCAGUUCAUUCCAUAUUAACUUUUGUUAUUCAGAUCGUUCUGCACGUAUUUAGAUGGGCAUUCAAAUACAUUGAACAAAACCUUCGACUCUACUCACAGAUUCAGGAUUAGUUGCUUUUGAAUUGAAAAACCAAAUAGUACCAUUAACAUUUUAGCUAAUUUUGUCGAGAUUCAUGCGCAGAGUUGGUGAUUUUUCAAGAUUUAUAGAGUAUAUUAUGCAUCUGUUGGCACCAACUAAACAAGUUAUUGUUUUUUUAAAUCUUGAUUAUAGACUACCUGAAAUCAUAGCUGACUGUGAUCCCAGUAAACGCGAUUGUUUUCCCGUUCCAAGUUUGUCGGUAUCUGAUGAAACAGUGGUCAUGGUAACAGCACCUUCAACUUCCAAACUUAACUCAAUUACUGAUUCUCGAAAAAGAUUUUGUUCAAUCCCUACAAACAGCAUUCACGAUCCAUGCUGAUUCGUAUGUUAGAGUAGAUGAUCUCGUGUAAAAGUGCAUUACAUUUUUUAUAAUAUUGCAAUAACUAUGUUACUUUUGUCCGUCUGGACUGUGAUAGUUCGUUCUGUUUGUCCUUUUUCGUUCGUUUACUUACAAUUUAUUUCGUAUUGUAUAUUUGUAGGGUCUUGAUUUUUAGUAUUCAUUUUAAUUUAUUUUUAAUCUUAAAAUACUAAAGAUUCUCCUAGUGUAAAUCACACAUGGUAUAUAACUUAAUUUGUAUCCCGUAUUUCAUUUCUCUUUAGUCUACAUCCAACAAACUUUUUGAACGACCAUUACCAUAAACACCGUUUUACCAAAGAUGUCAAAAAGUAUUCUGUAUUUGCUAAUCAAAUAUAUAUAAAUGUGCAUCUCUGUUUUUCAACUUAUUUAUCGAAAAGUUCUGUAUGCAAAUUAAGUUAUAUAUAUAUAUAUAUAUAUUUAUUUAUUUAUCUUUUGUAAAAUAUUCGUUCAAUAUUCUUUUUUAUUUGAGCGGUAUCUCUGGUUGAGAUGUUCAAGUUUCAGCCAUUAGUUCGCAGAUUUAAACCCUCAUCCACUUGUUUUAGUUUGGGCAGCUGGAUAGCAUCAAUAGUCUUCACACUUAGAGUGUUAUUAAGAGCCAAGUUCGAUCAUCUGUACUUGGUGUUGGGUUGUAAAAAUAAAAACUAAGUCGUUAAAGUACGAAAGCCUACCA